GCCGACGAAGACAUUUUAAAAUAAACAUUUAGCUAACUGCUAAAUGCUAACAGAGUGCUCGCGCUGGUGUGAGCCCACUGCGCCAGAAAAAAACACGUUCAUAUCUAUUCAAGUUGUCCACUUGUUACAUUUUAAUGAGCGGCGCUUCACGUGUCAUAGAGGGAUCUAACAGCCGAAGAUGUUAAGAAGUUUGAUACUGGGAAAUAAAGAGCAUUAACACCGUGGUGAGUGAGUGCUGACUCAGCACCUUGGUCCAUGUUUGCUGGACCAUAGGGCAUUGUGCUAAACUAGCCUGAAGAUGGCUGAUUCAGAGAAGGCAGAGGAAUUUGUUGAUGCAGAGUGUCCCUCUGAGUGCCUUGAUGACGCACAGUCGGCCCCCGCAUCCGCUCAUGGAGAUCAGGAUGAACAUUUAAAAACUGAGACCACCACAAGUACCAGCUCCCCUCUAAGGGAAAAGGAGGCAGACAGCCCCUUUCACACGGAGGGUGAGCAGAGUCUCCUCUCCAUGCCAUGCCUGAUGAAGGAGCUCCGCAGAGACUCUCCAGAAUCCCAGCAGGCCUCAACGGGGAGUGAAAAACCUGUCUCUCGCCAUAUCUAUGAGAGCGACUCAUCUAACCCCUGCAUGCUCUCCCCCUCGUCCAGCGGCCACCUGGCUGACUCGGACACGAUCUCUUCAGGAGAUGAGGGUGCUGCUCCGGCCAUGGGAGAGGAGGCAGAAGCUAAAAUGGAAGCUGCAGACGAUCCUGGCAAGGAAGCAGAAAAACAAACGGCCACUUCAGCAGCUCUUGGCAGUGGGAGGAAAUCCCGGCGGUCGCGUUCAGAAAGCGAGAAUCCGCCCAAUGCCAUGGCGGCGAAGAAGAACCGCUGCCAGCCCGUAGCAGUGGCAGGAGCAGGGGGGCCGGAGAAACAAAUCAACGGCAAGCAGGCCAAAGCGAAAGGUCACCGGAGUCAGAAACACAAGGAGCGCAUGCGUUUGUUGAGGCAAAAACGUGAGGCGGCGGCACGAAAGAAAUACAACCUGCUGCAGGACAGCAGUACCAGUGACAGCGAGCUCACGUGCGAUUCCAGCACCAGCUCCUCUGACGACGACGACGACACCUCAGGAGGCAGCAAGACAAUCAAGACAGAUAUUCCAGACGGGCCUCCAGUAGUGGGUCACUAUGAUAUUUCAGACACUGAUUCUAACCAGGAGAGUAUGAAUGUGGAGAAAGCCCGGCCCACCAUCAUAACGCAUGAGCUAGAAACACACAGAGGCCAGGAUAUGGCAGCUCGCUCCGGGUGUAUAAGAGCCCUGAGCUCGCUCGCAGGCCACACGGAGGCGGCGCACAACAAGGACAGUUGUCAACACAAGGGCCAGAUUAACAUCGCCUCCUCGGACAGCGAGGUGGAGAUUGUGGGCGUACAAGAGAAAGCUCGAUGCGCUCAUCCUUGCGGUGGUGUGAUCAAGAGCUUGUCUUCUUGGAAAGAGAACUCGAUGGAGCAAUCGCACGGCACAAACCAGCCUCAGCUGUGGACUUCUGUUUCCCCUCAGUCCAACUGGGUGUCCCCCCCGGAGGUGGUGGACCUCACGCUGGACGAGGAGAGCGGACACAAAUACUUACCUUAGAUGACCUCUCACUCUUCCUUCUCCUCACUCUUUGCCUCUGUGUUAAGGCUGCUCCUGGACUCCUAAGUUGUCAUGUAUUUCAAAGCCAUUUUAUUGACGUGAUUCCCUAUUUUAAUUUUAGUGUGUGGUUACACAGCACAGCACUUGUGAUCUGCAGGAGUAAUUUCUAUUUUAGAUAGCAAUACCCUCCCUCUGACUUUUUUUUUGUGUGUGUUUGUACCGUGAAAAACCAUAAAAGUUGCUGCUGGAGAGCUUGGUCAGUAUCACAACACGGCGCCUGGCCUGCUCCACUACAGACUGUCUUCACAACAAUAGAAGUCUCGCCACUGGGUUCACGUUUUACAUCAGGCUUUUGCAGGUGGUCCACACUUGGUGCUGGUGCUGCUGCUGCUGCUGCUGCUUUGGUUACAAGCUUCUCUUCCUUCCUCAAAAAUGUUACAAAAAGUACUAUAAUCUGACGAAGAGCGCACAUCAUGUGUCGUCAACUUCUCCGCCACGCUGACGCAAUUUGAGUGCGUGAGUUGAGUGUGAAUGUACGAGACUGACGGCGCGUUUUUACUUGCUCUGAAUGAAUGCAACACAAAAAAAAAGCUCCUCAAUUGCAAACUAUAAAGAAAUGUAUCUUCCACUAAAUACUGCAUCGCGACAUGUCCUGAAUGCCUUGAAAUGUGCACUGUGUUCCUUUAAAUUCUUUUUGUCCAGCAAAACGGUGACUUUUGCUAUCUUGACAAUGACUAUUUUAAUAGAAGAGGUAAUUGACUUAUAAAAGAGAAUACAUUGACAUUCUGCGUUGUUUCCCCCCUGCCAGUGACAUUUUAUCAUCCACGUUUUCUUUUUCGUUGAUAGUUUUUCUCGUAGGGUUACUUGAGGAUAGAAGAGAUGUGGAAAUUGACCUCUGCUGGUUACAGAAAGGGAAAAAAAGAUCUUACAUAGAUUCUUAAACCAAAGUAAAAAUCAUUUGUCCUUGUUUAAAUUGGUCUAAUCGCAUUCUUUGGAAUUUUCUUCCAUGUUUUAUUAAGUUGGACCCUUUGUGAUAUUGUUGCUGUCCAUACUUUUCAUUGGACAGUAACAAUACGAGGUCACUUUUUUCAAUUUAAUUAAGCACCAAUGCUUUUUAAUGCCACCGCCACACCGCUUUUCAUUAUCGCAUCAUUUUAUUUUACAGCUUUGGUUGACCUAACAUGGGAGGGCAUUGCUUAAAACAUGCCUCUUGCACAUAGCACGUUUGCCCUCGACGUUAUCCUCAUCACUGAUCAUUUAACCUUCCUUCCAUUGCUUUUUCAAUGUCAGUAUUUUAAAUUAACAAAAUGUGUUUAUAUUUUGGCGCUUCUGCAAGACCUUCCUUUAACUUAUGUCUGUAGAACAAAAAAAAAAAACUAUUUUAAAACAAUAAAUAGAAUGUUAUUUAAUGACAUUCUUGUACAGUCCUUUAUUAACACGUUUGCAAGUUAUGUUGUGAUUGUUGAUUGUUUU